GGGUAGAGGGAGGUACCCUCAGACGGCGCUGUCUGAGCUUUUUGACUAAAAAGAGUGCACUGGGUUUGAAACUGAAACAGGGUAAGACUUGUAAAAGGAGUGCACUUUGUUGCUCUCCCUUAUUCUCACGGUUUCCUGUCUAAGGAGGCCAUUUUGUUACCCAACCCAACUGGAAUAGAGCACAGCAGAGUUUGGCAUUGUUUUUGUUUUCUUUUUCAUUGUACUCUCAUCCACGGGUGGGACUUUCACAACCAAGUUUGGACUUUCUCCUCUGCAGAGCAACGUCUUUGGACCAAAAAGGGGGAGAAGCAACAGCAGCAGGAGGAUAGCUCUCCCACAGUUUAUCUUUCUUAGUGUCUCAUACGUUUUGCUCAUGCUUGUCAUGCCAGGAGAAUAGAAGACGUUUUACGACGAGAAAGAAGUGUGAGAGAGGAGACAGAAGCACUGCUUCCUGGAGGGGGAUUUCUUCCUUGAUCCACUGGAAGGGAGUAGACAGAGGACCCGGAGGAACAGGCACUGCGUCCACGUUUCCUCUGUUCCACUGGGACAGUUUGAAUGACUGUGGCUUUUCUGAGAAGUUUACAUUGCACCUGGGCGUGUGCUCGUCGUUGUCUCAGGCAGCCAACAGACUAGAGCCUGUGGACUCUGAAUGGCUAAUGCUAGCCCCUGUAUGCCCUCUGGGGCAAUGGCCCAGGUCUUCUUCCCCCCUGGGGGCACCUCUCACCCUGUCUCAACUGUGGUGCAGCAGGGAACCCAGAUAUCAUUGCCUUCUGUGCCCGUUCAGGGUGGUUUUCCUGUGAUGGACCUGAUCCCAGGGCAGUGUCCUGGUGGGGCUGUGAUGCCCUCCCUGCCUCCUACCCCAGCCGGGGUGUCUUUCAUCAUCCAGAUUGGUCUGACCAGAGAGUCUGUUCUGUUGCCUCAGACUGCUGAUCUGGCUUACGUGAAACAAAUCGCCUGCUCCAUUGUUGACACCAAGUUCCCAGAGUGUGGCUUUUAUGGCAUCUAUGACAAGAUUUUGCUGUUCAAGCAUGACACAUCCACUAACAACAUCCUGCAACUUGUUAAAGGGGCAAGUGACAUUCAGGAGGGAGAUCUGGUAGAGGUGGUGCUCUCUGCGGCAGCCACAUUUGAAGAUUUCAAGAUUCGGCCCCACGCACUCAAUGUUCACUCGUACCGGGCCCCGGCCUUCUGCGAUCACUGUGGAGAGAUGCUGUUUGGACUGGUUAGACAAGGACUCAAGUGUGACGGAUGUGGUCUAAACUACCACAAGCGCUGUGCAUUCAGCAUCCCAAACAACUGCAGCGGAGCUCGCAAGCGACGUCUGUCCACCACCUCUCUGAGCAGCAACCAGUCCCUGCGUCUCUCCACCACAGAGUCGGUGUACAGUGUGGGGACGGCCUCCACCUGUGCUGAAGACACCAGUCUUAUUCGCUCUCACACUCAAAUGCCACGGACUCCCAGUGAGACGCGACGCUUCUAUACAGGCCGACCAGUUCAUCUGGACAAAAUGCUGAUGAGCAAAGUGAAGGUGCCUCACACAUUUGCCGUUCACUCAUACACACGACCGACAGUGUGUCAGUAUUGCAAGAGGCUUCUUAGAGGACUUUUCAGGCAAGGUCUACAGUGCAAAGACUGCAAGUUUAACUGCCAUAAACGCUGUGCAUACAAGGUUCCUAAUGACUGCCUCGGGGAGACCAUUGGAGACAACAGAAGUAACUCUGACAUGUUGAGUCCCAGUACGGACCCUGAGGUACCCAUGGACUACAGCACUGAGUAUGACUCUUCAGACAGAUCUUCAAUGGAUGACUCGGAUGAGGCCUGCAGUAUCCCUGGGUCCUUUUCUCCUGAAAAUAACCAGGAUGGAACCAGUGGAGACCAAAGUGUUUACAUCCCUUUAAUGAGAGUGGUCCAGUCAGUGAGGCAGACAACCCGACGAUCCAGCACAGCUAUCAAGGAAGGCUGGAUGGUUCACUACAGUAACAAAGACACACUGAGAAAAAGGCACUACUGGCGUCUAGACUGUAAGUGCAUCAUCCUUUUCCAGAAUAACACCUCCAACAAAUACUAUAAGGAGAUCCCACUCUCUGAGAUUCUGGAGCUCCGUCCUGCUAGCAACUUCACUCUUGUCCCACAAGGCACCAAUCCUCACUGCUUUGAGCUCAUCACAGGCACUAUGUGCUACUUUGUAGGGGAGGACCCCAACACCCUCCCUUCUGUGUCCCCCAGCAACCCCCAGACCCUCCCUCAGACACCUCCUUCCCCAAGUCAGGUGGCGCCCAACAGUGGCAUCGGGCGUGAGGUGGCAAAGGCAUGGGAGUGCGCCAUUCGUCAGGCACUCAUGCCAGUCAUCUUUCAGGAUGCACCACCGGCUGAAGGGAAUACACCUCACAGACAAGCAUCUAUCAGCAUUUCUGUGUCCAACAGUCAAAUCCAAGAAAAUGUGGAUAUUGGUACAGUGUACCAGAUUUUUGCUGAUGAAGUCCUGGGAUCUGGGCAAUUUGGAGUAGUUUAUGGAGGAAAGCACAGGAAGACGGGGAGAGACGUUGCAGUCAAAGUCAUAGACAAACUUAGGUUUCCCACCAAGCAAGAGAGCCAGCUGAGGAAUGAAGUGGCCAUCCUGCAGAGUUUACGCCACCUUGGUAUUGUCAACUUGGAGUGCAUGUUUGAAACACCAGAGAAAGUAUUUGUGGUGAUGGAGAAGCUGCAUGGUGACAUGCUGGAGAUGAUCCUCUCCAGUGAGAAAGGCAGAUUGCCAGAGAGGCUCACAAAAUUCCUCAUCACGCAGAUUCUUGCAGCUCUCAGACAUCUGCACUUCAAGAACAUCGUUCACUGUGAUCUGAAACCAGAGAAUGUGCUUCUUGCCUCUGCUGAUCCAUUUCCACAGGUGAAGCUGUGCGACUUUGGCUUUGCUCGUAUCAUCGGUGAGAAGUCUUUCCGUCGCUCUGUGGUUGGCACACCUGCCUAUCUGGCCCCAGAGGUUCUGCUGAACCAGGGCUAUAACCGGUCGCUGGAUAUGUGGUCAGUUGGUGUCAUCAUGUAUGUCAGCCUCAGUGGGACAUUCCCCUUCAAUGAGGAUGAGGAUAUCAACGAUCAGAUCCACAAUGCAGCCUUCAUGUACCCUCCCAACCCUUGGAGGCAGAUCUCAAACGAUGCAAUUGACUUGAUCAACAAUCUGCUGCAAGUGAAGAUGAGGAAACGUUACAGUGUGGACAAAAGUCUGAGCCACACAUAUUUACAGGACUACCAGACGUGGUUGGACUUGCGAGAGCUGGAGAAUAAACUUGGCCAACGUUACAUCACCCACGAGAGUGAUGACAGCCGCUGGCAAAUGUUUGCUCGUGAGCACACCCUGUCAUACCCCGCUCACCUUGUGCCCCCUCCCCCCGCAACAGGUUCUGAUGAUGAGGAUGGUGGGGAGGAUGCGGAUCUGCAAGGCCUCACUGAGAGGGUCAGCAUUCUCUGACCACAGAGAGACAUGGGACUCAUUUACAUGGGAGACAGAAAUGAUUGUGGUUUACACACAGACUCUGAACAGACACCACUUUGCAGAAAAUCAUAGGCUUCUAAGAAGAAAAAUGUCCAGCUGUUUCGACUCUCCAUGCUCAGAAUCUGCUGUGUGCCAGUUUUUCUGCAAGAAAAUCUCUUCCAGCCAGGGGUCCUCGAGACUCCUUUUUAAUCCUUUACCCUUGCUUUUAUUAGAGUUCUAUCAUCUUUUGAAUUACUGAACUCUUUAUCAUGGAGACUGUCUGACUCUGUUUCACAUUCUCUCCUUGUAUAGCAUGGCAAAUCUUUACAGAUAAUAUCAGAGUCAAACUUUAAACCUGAAUCUUUCACAGAAAUAAAUAGCAGUAUGUUUUUUUUCUCUCAUGCUGCCACAGUCCUCAAGGUGAGGCACACCAUAAACCAAGAACUGCAGGUGUUUUUCUUUACAGUCGAAUACAAAUAAACCAGCUUGCAGGCUGAUAUUAAUUUCAGACAUUCUUAAUGUAUGCCUUCAAUAAAAUACUAUUAAUAGUAUCAGUGAUGGGGCCCUUUACAGUGACAAAAGACUUCCUCUGUUCUAGUAAUUACCUAAGUGAAUGCAUGCAUUAAAGUCAUUCUUACUUUCAAAUGCACUCAUACAUUCAUAUCCUGCAGUAAAUUCAUAUCAGACUGGAAGUACUGAUAUGAAUCUUCUAGUAAUUUCCGCUAGUUUUGAGCCACAGUAUAUUCCUUUAAAAAUAUAUAUAAUUACAAAUGACAUCUGAGGUUUAAAUGGACUCUGCAGCUGGGCUGUAUGUUACUUCCAAUUACCAUUUUUUCAAAGAAAUUGCUCUACCUCCAGCCAACAGAUUAUGCAACUUCACUAGUUGCUGGUGAGUGUUGAAAAUGCUCCCAUUGUGACAAAAUACUGACUGUAAUUAAUCUUUUAAAUCAAAGCAGCUCAUUGUAAUGAUGACUAACACACUGUCACAUCUGUGUUUUACUGUAAGUAACAAGCAGAUAAUUGGACUACAGCAGAAGCAGACAAGUUUCUUGAUUUUGGAUAAAAAAUGCUAGAUUUUGGGUCCCUAAACUAGGUUUUAUGAGUAUUUAGAUCAUUUAUUGACUACCUUUCUUGUCUAUAUUUUGCAUGUUUCUGUGAAGUAGAAUUAUUUAGAUAUGUCAUUGAACAUUCUGUAGCUAUGAUGGUCUAGUAUAGAAAUGUGUAACCUGAAGUUAAUGUAGCUGUCUAAUAUGUUUAGGCUGUGUACAACAUGUUUGAAUGAUGAUCCUGGCGUUCCUAACAAAUACAAACCUUCAACAG